UUUUUAAUGGAUGAGGUAUAUCAACAGGCUUUGUCGUCAUACGGAUUAUUAUAUCAUAUUAUAAGUUGUUUUCCUCAGUGAGACCGAGGCUAUCGACAAUAACUCCUACUCCUAAUAUGAAGAACCUCUUAAUUGCAUAUUUUCUGUGCUAUGGGUUACUCAUGGUACAUGCUGACGAACACACCUAUCCAGAUAGCUUUUUCGAUAUACUGAUACAUUGCGCAGACACAGAAUGCUGUCGGUAUAGCCAUCGGGCCAACUGUUGCGCAAGCGGCGGGAAAUGGUAUUGUUGCUAUAAAACAGGAGUGAAAGUCAAAACGGACCCGUGUUAUCCAUACAAAACGUAAUAGUUAUGUUCAAUAUAAUUGGGUCAGUGAGUGCAGGAACCACAUCAGUAAAAAAAAAUCCGAAAGAAGGUGCUGUAUGAAAGGCGAAAGAAAAGAAGCUUAGAAAGGUAAGAUGCGUGUUGAGUGCAAGAACCACGUUAGUUUGUUGAGUAAUUCCGUAAAUACAUGGCGUCUUUUUCGAUCGUUGAGCGCAGAAAUGACAUGAGUCAAUGACUGACGUGGUUUCUGCACCCACCGCUGGAUCGCAUGACCAACAGAGAUGGGUAUAUUUAUAUUCAAAAUAUGAAUACGAAUACCACUUAUAUUUAUGGUACUUAUGAAUAUAAAUAUAUAUAUUUCAUAAAAAGAUGUAUGAAUACAGAUGAUACAUAUUCACUGCUGUAAAUAUAAAUACUGCCGUAUUCACGAUAAAGUGAAUACUAUACUAAGUAUUUACACUAGUAAAAGUGAAUACUGCUUUGUUAACACUAGUAAAACUGAAUACGGCAGUAUUGACGUUUAUCAAAUGAAUACGCUUAAAUUUACAGAAGUGAGUACAAAUAUUUCCACACAACCUUCUUAAUGAAUACAAUUAUAUAUUAAAAAAUAUAUAUAUUUAUUUAAAAAAAAUAUAGUUACUAUAUUUAUUAUUUUAUUUUUGUAAAUAAUAAUAAAUUCUUCGUUUUACAAUAUGCUAUGUUAAUUAUAUUAUGCUAAUUAUCACUCCUAAUGUUUGUAAGUAAUAUAACUUCCCGAGCCUUUGUAUUUACACUUAUAAAAGUGAAUGCGACAGUAUUCACAUUUAUUAAAAUGAAUAAGCUUAAAUUUACAGAAGUGAAUGCAUAUAUUUUCACACAAACUUAUUAAUGAAUGCUCUUAUUUAUUAAAAAAAUAUAUGUUUAUUAAAAAAAAAAAUAUAGAUACUAUAUAUAACAUUUUAUUUUUAUAUACAGUAUAAUAUUCUUCGUUUUAUAGUAUGUCAUGUUCAUUAUCACUCGUAGUGUUUGUACGUAAUAUAAAUUCCCAAACCAUAUUUUUUUAUUGGGUCUAUCGCCCCAUUAAAUUGAUCAAAUUAAAUUGUAAAUUAAAUUAAAAUUAAUAUAAAUUGUUGUAAAAUAAAUUGUUAAUUAAAAAAUUUAAACUUUUAAUGAAUGGUUACCUUUUUCCAAGUUUUCAGCUGUCUGUAAAAAAUAGUUGAGUGCAGAAACAUCAUAAGUCCGAAUCAAAUUUUAAAUAUUCCUGAGCCUAAUUUAUGUCUAAAUUAGAUAAUUUUUGCAUGAUAGCAACAUAAAUGCAUGUUAUGACAGAGUAAAAAAAAAUUUUCUGCAGUUUUCUCUCUCUCUCCUAAAAAAUUUGAAAUUUGUGACUGAAGUGGUUUCUGCACUCACCGUUUCAACUAUUACAUAAAGAUUUUAUUAAUAAAAUAUUCUUUAAUUUCCGAGUCAUAUGUAUUAUAUUUCAUUAAACCAAUAGUGCACUAAUAACGUUUUUAUUAUAUACUAUUCAACAAAAAAAACGCAACGAUGGCAUGACAUAAAGCCGCAAAAUGAAAAGUAUAUUAAAACAAACAUUGAUAAAAUUGAAGCAACUUUUUAAUAGUACGGUGUAAAUGAAAUUUAAUUUGCAAGCAAACCAAUCAACAAAAUAGAUAAAAUUUAUUCGAAAACUAAAGAUAAAUUGAAAUGGAAUGAAAACAGCCUUUCUUUAUGCAUAAAUAUUACAGUUUCUAUGAAAACAUACAAUUAGAAAAGAAAAGAAAAGAAAAGAAAAGAAAACUUUUUUUACAUUAUUAUAAUAUACACAAAACUUUUUACUAUUCUUGUAUAGGCCUUCCCUUAGGAGUAAUAGUCUUUAACACUUCCCUGGGUGACUAGCUUUACUGGGAAGCGGGAUUUCUGACCUUUAACCAUUUUUCUUUCCACACAUCUCUGUCCCUAGCUGCUCUCCACCAGAGAGGUCCUGCCAAAAGCCUAUUUAGGAUAUCCAUUUGGAUCUCUCCAUCUCUUCAUUUGUCGGCUACUCAUCCUUUUCCGGUCAAAUGGAGUCUAUUCGGUGACUAUUUUUCACCACCUAUUGUCGUAUCGCAGGAGAUGUCCAGCCCAUUUCCAUUUGCCUUUUCCUAUUUGCGAGAGUGUGUCUUUGAGUCCUGUUUUUUCUUUUAUCUUCUUGCAUCUGAUUUGAUCCAUCUUUUUUACUUUCAAAAUGAUUCUUUCGAUGCUAUUUUGCCACACCUUGAUCUUCCUCUCUUGGGCGUCAACGACCAUCUUUGGGAGCCAUAGGUCACCACUGGCAUAAUACAUCUAUCGAAAACUAGCCUUUUUAGGUCGAUACUUAUGCUUCCUUUUGUUAUGUACUUCAGAGACCAGAACUUGUUCCAACCAAAUGCUAUUCUUCUCUGGACUUCUUUUGCAACUCUGUCUGAAAAGGAAACUAACUGUCCCAGGUAAACAUAUUCCUCUACGUAUUCCAGGGUGAAGUUGUUCAUUUUUAUUUCUUCCUUUGAACUAUUGGUCAUUAGUUUCGUCUUAUUGUGGUUUGAGUAUAAACCAAUUUCUUCACAGGCUCCUAGAAGGUGUUUUAGCAUUUCUCGUAAUUGUUGGCAGAAAGUACAAUGCCAUCUACAAAACGUAAGUUGCUUAAAAAUCGAUCAUUCACCUUUAUGCCUGUAUUUUUCCAUCCAAGAGACCAAAAACUCAUCUCCACCACCAGAAUAAAUAACAAGGGAGAUAACGGAUCCCCCUGCCUAAUACUCUUCUCGACACGAAAGAUUUGAUACCUCUUUUCUGUCAUUACAUAUGCUGAAUUAUCUUUUUAUAACUAGAUAAUUCUCACGUAUUUCUCUUCGAUUCCUAUUAUUCUUAAAGCUUUAAGGACGCCCGUAUGUAGGACACUAUCGAAGGCUUUUUUAAAAGUUUACUGUUUGUGGUUUACAGUAUGAAUGUGGUUGACAGUUGAAAAACUUUUUCUAAAACCUGCUUGUUCUUCCUCUAUACAUUCCAUGAUUCUUUGCUUUGCCAUGGUAGAACAAAGGGAAAUCGGUUGAUAGCUUUCCAUAUCCUGUUUAUUGCCUCUUUUGUGUAAUAGAAUUAUUUUUGCUGUUUUCCAGUGUUCUGGAAUUUCUUCCUUUUCAACAAUUAAGUUAAAUAGUUCUGUAACUUCCCUAAUCAGAAUUCCUCCUCCUGUUUUUAAAAUUUCGUUGGUAAUAUCAUCCGGCCCAGGACUUUUUUCAUGUUUCAAGUUUUUUACAAUAACAGCCACAUCCUGUUCCAUUAUUGGUAGGAUUUCUUCUUGAACUUCAUCUGCCUCUCUAUUUAUUUUCACUCUCUUCUGAUUACAUUUAUAAAGUUCUCUGAAGUAUUCUAGUUGCUAUCCUUCUUAUAUUUUUCGUAUCAGUUAUAACUCAUUUCUUCCUGUUUUCAAGAGCAACCAUCCAUUGCCUACCUUUGGACCAAUUCUUUUUGAAUUUUUCUUGUGGAGUUAUUGCAUAGAAGAAGUUUAGUGACCAUAUCAUUUUUAUAAUAUUCCAGAUCUUCUUUUAUUCUUUUCCUGAUUUCAUUUUCCAGAACCGUGAGAUCUUUUAUUUCCUUUUCAGUAAUGUCUUCUCUUUCUUUUAUCUUUUUACGAACUCUUAAAACUACCUUACGUAUUGAUUAAAUUAUUAUUAAAAUAACACUGUAACCGUACUAAAAUACCUCAAACGCUUUUAUACAUUAAAUAUAGUUACAACAAGCGCGUAAUUUUUUUAUUUCAUAACAGAGAAAGUUCACCAAUGUUAUCAGUAUUCUAAGAUUAUGAAAUGUCACCUAAUGAAUAUUUGUAAUAAAUUUAUUUUGUUGAUGAAUGUAUUUUGUUUAUUUUUUCCUAAGAAUUUUCAUUCAAAAGUUGUAGGUCAUAUGAUGAAACCAUUCACGAUAUUUUAAACGUAUGUUAAUAAUUUGAUAAUAAGUAGUCUGUACCUCGGACUACAAGGAACAUGGUAAAUGGAGUGUUGACGUAGAAAUGGUGUCUAUUUAAUAAGUACAGAUACAAAUAAAUAUUACAUUGUUCAAAUAGAUACCUAACAAUCUAUCCAUUAAAAUUUACAUAUACUAACUCAUUGGUUUCUGACUGUUCUACUCAAUCGAUUUCUGAUGUUUAUUCAACAGAUGAAAAGAGGAUGGCCAAGGGAUCUAUGCAAUAAAUAAUAGUUUGGAUUGCUAUCAAGGAUGCGUUCAUAUUCACUAUAUACUAUGUAUUAUAUAUAAACACACUACAGAUGGUGAGGUAGAAUAGAUCGCUUUUUCGGUAAUCAAAAAGGGCGAUGGAUUUUGAUGAAUGAAGGAAAUUUAAACGAUAAAGAAUUUCAAGGAGGAGUAACGAAUACUAAUUUGGAUCCUUAGAGUCAUUAAAGAACGAUAAUAAAAAAUUUGGGAGGAUUUAAAACUCAGAUCAUUUCAAUGUCAACAAGUCAAAAUGGGAUACAAUUUUUUUUAUAUGUGUUUUUCAGUUGUUCAGUUGUU